GAUGCGAAACGUCCUCGUUGGAGUCAGUAUCAAGGCUGCAAUAUUAGUUUGCUCGGAAUUUGCGGCGAACUGACAGCCUCUCUCGCGGUGAGCAAGUCAUCAGGAUGGCCUUCAGGGUGGAUGGGGUUUUGGGGCGCCUCCUGGGGCUGCUACCCCCCGUCUCCUCCACGUUCGGCCUCCUCCAGCUGGCCGCUCUCGUCCUGCUCGCCACCCUCUUGUGCCGCUUCGCCUGCUGGGUCUGGCGCUACACCCGCAACAUUCAUCGCCUGAAAUGCUUCACCCAGCCUCCCAAACGCAACUGGCUGCUGGGUCACCUGGGGCUGAUGCGAAACACGGAGGAGGGGCUCCAGGCUGUGGAUGAGCUGGUGAAGACCUACCAGCACUCCUGUGUCUGGUUCCUGGGGCCUUUCUACACCCUGGUGCGACUCUUCCACCCUAAUUUCAUCAAGCCCCUCCUGAUGGCCUCCGCCUCCAUCGCCAUCAAGGACGAGUUAUUCUACGGCUUUUUGCGACCAUGGCUGGGACAGGGCCUCCUGCUGAGUAACGGGGAGCACUGGUCUCGUCACAGACGCCUCCUCACCCCCGCCUUCCACUUCGACAUUCUAAAGAUCUACGUGAAAAUCUUCAACAAGUCUACCGACAUCAUGCACGCGAAGUGGCGCCGCCUGGUGGCGGAAGGCAAGGCGUGCCAGGACAUGUUCGAGCAGGUCAGCCUGAUGACCCUGGACAGCCUGCUCAAAUGUACCUUCAGCUAUGACAGCAAUUGCCAGGAACAGCCCAGCGAGUACAUCGCCGCCAUCUACGAGCUCAGCACCCUGGUGGUCCGGAGGGAGCACCGUAUGCUGCACCACUGGGACUGGCUGUACUGGCGCUCCCCCGAGGGCGAGCGCUUCCGCCGCGCCUGCGGCGUGGUACACAGCUUCACCGCCAACAUCGUGCAGAGGCGCCGCCGGGAGCUGCUCCAGCAAGGGGAGCCGGAGAGGCACGCCACCGAGAGCGGGGCCGUCAAGAAGAAGGUGACCGACUUCAUCGACAUCCUGCUGCUGUCGAAGGAUGAGGAGGGCAACGGCCUGACCGAUGAGGAAAUCAAAGCAGAGGCAGACACCUUUAUGUUUGAAGGUCAUGACACCACUGCCAGCGGUAUCUCCUGGGUGCUGUAUAACCUGGCUGUCCACCAGGAGUACCAGGACCAGUGCCGGUCAGAGAUCAACGCCCUGCUGGAAGGCAGAGACACAGAGGAGAUAGAGUGGGACGACCUGACCAACCUGCCCUUCACCACCAUGUGCAUCAAAGAGAGCCUGAGGCUCCACCCCCCAGUCACCGCCGUCACUCGCCGCUUCUCCCAAGACAUGACUGUGCCCGGGAGCCGGGUCAUACCAGAAGGAAAUAUCUGCCUGAUGAGCAUCUACGGGACCCAUCACAACCCAGAAAUAUGGCCCGACCCAGAAGUGUACAACCCUUUACGCUUCCACCCAGAUAAUUCAAAGGGUCGGUCUCCUCUUGCUUUCAUUCCCUUCUCUGCUGGACCCAGGAACUGCAUCGGGCAGAACUUCGCCAUGGUGGAGAUGAGGGUGGUGGUGGCCCUGACGCUGCGCCGUUUCCGCGUCACGCCCCGGGAGGGCGAGGUGCGCCGGCUCAGUGAGCUCAUACUCAGGGCCGAGGGGGGACUGUGGCUCACCCUGGAAUCCCUAAGCGCCCCCUAGUGGACAUCCUUUGCCUCUGCCUGGUUAUCAGCUCGAGCACAACCAUACCCAAGUUUUGGUUUUUUUUGCCUGAAUAUGUUGCCCUGGAUAUUUCCUUUCUGCAGUUUUUUACAUCUCACUGACCGAGGGAAAAAUUUUCAAUGAAUAUCAUCCAAAUGUUCUUUUUAAGUUUUGAUAGUGUAACUGGAAAAGCAUUACCUUAAAACACCCUGUUUUUUAGUUAUUUGUUUUGUCUUUUUAUAUCCAUUUAUAUAUUGUCGUGAGUGUUAGCUGUUCAUCCAGAAUGUAAUGUACUGUAUUCACCACCAUCCUUGAAGGCACAGGAUGAACUUCCACUUGCAGUAAUAAUACUGUGCUUGAUGAGUGACACUGUGAUUGAUGAGCAAGAGUGUGAUUGAUGGUAAUGCUGUG